AUGAACCUCUAUAGCACUGAGCUGCAACCAUGGCCAGGCCAAGCCCCUCAGGACGGUGACCGGCCGGUGCCCAACAGCCCAAGCGAAGACGACCAUUAUUUGGACGACCCGAUCAAGUACGAUUUGUCAGUGUGGCUGGCAGAACUGGAUGAUGCCACCGACGAUGUUCCUCAAAUCCCGCCAGCAUUCAUAGUCUAUUGCCGAGUAUUUAUGCGUUGCCCCCAUGUUCAGAUCUUCUUGAGAAAGGAUGGGGAUGGCAAAGGCUGGUGCCUUACUGUCAUGUUGCUAAUUAGCACCCUUCCACCAAUGCACCCUCUAGUGUAUAGAAAUCGAGAACAACUUUCGCUUCAUUCAUCAUCACCUAUUCACCUUCUCACCGCUGAAGAUAUCAUUCUGAGCCAGAAGAUCGAGGAGCGUGCGAAUUAUGUGAUCCAAUCAGUGGGUGUUUAUGCUCAUGCAGCAGCAGCCUUAGUGUGUAUCGUGAAGGAGACUGGCUUGUUAUCUGACCUGUUUGACUGUAAGUUCGACACCACUGGAAUGGUCAACUUGAGCAAAAAGAUCAGGCAGUCUGCCUAUGAACUUAUGCUCUAUGAAGGGCCUGAAUCUGCUGCCGCUGCAGGUGCCAUGCUGGGUUUAGCGAAGGAGGCUAAGUUAUUGUGUUACGUGCUGAGUCGAGAAGACAGAUUCAUCACUGUUCGUUAUCUGAACUACGCUUCUGAUAAUGGUGAUGUGAAUGUUGCUUCAGCUGUUUCCGAAUCAGAGAAGCCUCAAGGCACUGUUGUGGAUCUGAAAUGCGCUUCUGAUAAUGUUGAUGUGAAUGGCGCUUCUGCUGGUGCCAAAUCAGAGAAGCCUGAAGGCACUGUUGGGUAUCUAAAUUGCGAAGUUUCGGAUUCAAUGGAACAAUCUAAAGGGGAUCUCAAUGAUUGCUGUGAAAUGGACCGGAAUGCCAAGUUCGGCUUCACAAUCAACAAGGAUCAUAAGCUUGAAGGGGAGCAUUUGGAUGCAUCUUACUUAUGGAAGGUGUCGCUUUGCCCAGUAGCAGUCACAGCCUACGUUAUAUCUGCGUCGUGCCAUUCCAUUCCGUGCGUCAAGGCCCCGACCGCAUCGAGAAGGCUUGACCACCGCAGUAUGGCGACCAUCUUGCGGCGACGACCGCCAGACGGCAGCCACGGCCUGCCUCGCCUUCUCCACGCCAAGCUUCUUUCUUCCUGCCCACCACGCCGCCUCCUCCUCAUUCCUCCUCCCGCUCUCUCGACGAAGCGCCAAGCCAACUCAGUAGCAAGCCACGAGCUCACACCGACGCCGCCGCGCCUUCGCCGGGCGGCAUACCCUCCCACGCCCAUUCCUCGAUUCCCGCACUGA